CAACCUGACAUAGGGAACUGGGGACUGCUAUACAGAGAGAGAACUACAAAGCAUCCUCGGUGCAGUAGGAACCCUAAUCCAAAGUGCCUAUACUUUUAUCAGAGUGCGCAACAGAGGAACAUGGCUCAAGAAACUAAUCACAGCCAAGUGCCUAUGCUUUGUUCCACUGGCUGCGGAUUUUACGGAAACCCUCGUACAAAUGGCAUGUGUUUAGUAUAUGAUAAAGAACAUCUUCAAAGACAGACCAGUAGUAAUGGUAGAAUAAGCCCACCUGCACCUUCCGUCAGUAGUCUGUCUGAGUCUUUACCAGUUCAGUGCACAGAUGGCAGUGUCCCAGAAACUCAGUCAGCGUUAGACUCUACGUCUUCAUCUAUGCAGCCAAGCCCUGUAUCAGAUCAGUCACUUUUGUCAGAAUCUGUAGCAUCUUCCCAAGUGGACAGUACAUCUGUGGAUAAAGCAAUACCUGAAACAGAAGACCUGCAAGCUUCAAUAUCAGAAAUGGCACAGCAGCCAUCUGAAGAGCAAAGCAAGUCUCUUGAAAAACCAAAACAAAAAAAGAAUUGCUGUUUCAUGUGCCGGAAGAAAGUGGGACUUACUGGGUUUGAAUGUCAGUGUGGAAAUGUUUACUGUGGUGUACACCGUUACUCAGAUGUACACAAUUGCUCUUACAAUUACAAAGCUGAUGCUGCUGAGAAAAUCAGAAAAGAAAAGCCAGUAGUUGUUGGUGAAAAUAUCCAGAAGAUUUGA